AGGGGUUUGGGGGCACUGAAGUCCCUUGUGCCUGUGGAGGCCCCCCUGCUGUCCCUCUUCCCACCCCCACGUGCGUCCAUGGACGGGGUCUUUCCCCCGAAGUGUUUCUCGGGCACGUCGCAGCAGGAGUAAGGGGAAAGCGAGGGUAGAAGCAGUGCGAAGGGCAUUCCCUCGUGUGACGCCCGAGCGCUGCGUGUCGUUCUGGUCCCCUCAGCAGAGAUGAGAAAGACUGCUCCUCUUCGCCUUAGAAAAGAGAUGGCUACGAACAUGAGAGAGGAUGGAGGGCUCUGAAGAUCUAGAUAGCAGCCUCCUGACACAGCCUUGGGCUUCAGUUUGCUUUGGUGAAUUCACUUUUAUUGCCAAGGCUUGUUUCAAAGAAACCGGCUACGUCUUGCUGAUCUCUGACCUCAGCAGUGUUUGGUAUGAGCGUGCAGACACGGAUAUCGUUGGGAAAAGGUCCAAGGAGCUGAACAAGCGGCUGACAGCCCAUGUGUCGUCUUUCCUGAAUCGCUUGAGCAACCUGAUGGGCCCUUUGCUGGAAGGAAGAGAGAGUGAUGCCAACUCCUUCACCUGCCAACGGACCCCCAGCAAACUCACCAUCCAUGUGAAAAGUGAGCUCUCCGGACUACCCUUCUACUGGGUUUUCCAUUGCCCCACAGCUGCCGUGGAGAUGAUUUCCUGUCAUCUUGUGCGGCCCCUCAUCAGGAUGAGCCUGGCAUUGCAGUACCAGCUGCAAGAGCUGGCGUCUCUCCUGGUGCAGAAGGAUGCUGAGAUUGAAGACUACAGAGAGAGCGGGGCUGCUCUCAGCAGAGGACGCCUGAGGACCGAGCCCUUCCAGGAGAAGCCAUUCCUGCAGAAGUUUGUGGAUGAGAGUCUGCCCCAGCUGUGCGGUGCAGGGGACGGCCAGGCAUUCACAAGCACCCUGCAGCAUCUCUACACGGCCGUGGCCAGGCAGGAGGCGAGGGCAGCACAGAAGCGGCGCCACUCAGGGGAUGCUGAGACCCUGGAGCUCGCCUCGUCUCCCCAGCUGCCUGGGGAGGCCAUGGACUCAUUGGUCACGGUGGGCUCUCAGCAGGAAAGUGUUGAGCCACCCUCUGACCUGCCCCAGAGCCUGGGAGCCACAGCGACUCCCUCCUCUCCGGCCCAGAGAGCCCGGCUGCCCGUGUCCAAGGCCAAGAGGAAGAAGGCAAAGGGGCUGUUCGGCUGACACCCACUGCCCCUCCCGCUUACCGUGGGGAGGGGUCUGGCCCCAGGCACUCGUUGCUCACCACAGCAGCUCCAGGACACCAGCGCAGAGCCUUGAAUCCCUGACGCAGCAUCUAGAAGGGCCAAUCAGGGCUCCCGCUCCAGGCAGUGCGUGGGGCCCUCUCCCCCCAUGGCAGAUCCUGCUGAAGGAAGUUCGUUCGGCCCCUUCUCACUUCACCUGUGGGCAUUAGAUGCUGGGAAGUCUCUGGUGCUGCCCGUGGCCAGGCCUCUCCACUGGCAGAGCCGGCGUGGCAGGUGUCUCCUCUGCUUCUCACCCCUGUGCAUCUCCUCUGCCCACACUGGCCUGGCUUUCCUGCUCAGCCCUUUCCCUCCCCGGUCCCCCCAGCUGUGGGACUGCCCCUCCCUGUGCUCCGCAGGGCUGAGAACAUGGAUGAGCUGCAUGGGGGGAGGGGGCAGGGUCCUGUUCUUUGGACGGGUGGCUCCACCCUUUAUUUUUUGCAAUAAAGGCCCUUCUCUGCCCGAG